AAGAUGACCAGCAAGAUGAAGCUCUUCCCACUGGUGGCUGUUUUUUUCUUGGUGGCAUCAGCACAGAGAUUGGAUGUCGAUAGUGUGCUCCAGUCAGCAAAGAAUAAAGUGGUUGAGCCCGUGAAAGAGGGCGUCAAAGGUGCAGUUGAGGUGGUGAAGAAAGGUGUUCUAGUCAAAAAAAGAGAUUUGGAAGAAGUGGAAGAUUUGCAGGACGUGGACGAAAGUGCUGUGCUGGUGAAUCCUCUUCAGCCUGAAGAGCUCCAGGAAGAGGAAGAAGUAGUAGUUGAAGUACCAGUGGAAGAGGAAGAGCAAGAAGGCGGCAGAGGCAAGGGCAAAGGGAAAGGGAAAGGGAAAGGGAAAGGAAGGGGGAAAGGAAAAGGAAAAGACAAAGAAAGAAAGGGAAAAGGAAAAAAGUGCCGAAAGAACCAGAGGAAUGAGGAGGAAGGGGAGAAUGAAGAGGAGUAACAAUUAAGGGCCCACCAUUGCAUCCAUCUAAAUUAAAUUGAUUUCUGAAGCAAGAAUUGGCACCUAGCCUAGCUAUCAUCCUCCCUGCUAAUCAGAGAUGACAGAUCCCAUUAUGAAACAAUUGUGGCUGUGGCGGUGAUGGUGAUUGUCAGUUUCUAAUGAAUGGUUUGGUUUCUCUCUUGUUUGCUGGCUUCAGGAAAGCUUCAGGACAAU